AUGCCUGUUGCGGCGCAGGACAAGUGGCAGUCUCUGUUUAACGGUACAGACCUCACUGACUGGCAGCCGAAGAUUCGCGGUUAUGAAUUUGGUGAAGAUCCUGCGCAGACGUUCACCGUAGAAGAUGGCCUGCUGACCGUUUCCUACGCCAAUUACAGAGAUUUUGAUAAUCAGUUUGGUCACUUGUUUUACGUCACCCCCUACAGUCGAUAUCGUCUGCGUCUUGAAUAUCGCUUCAUUGGCGAACAGGCGCCUGGAGCGCCGGCCUGGGCAUUCAAGAACAGUGGGGUCAUGGUGCACAGUCAGGAUCCGCAGACCAUGCCGGCACCCCAGGAUUUCCCGAUUUCCAUCGAGGUGCAGUUUCUGGGCGGAUUGAAUGAUGGGGCCCAGCGACCAACAGCUAAUAUGUGUUCGCCGGGCACUCAUAUCGUCUAUCAGGGUGAGUUCACCGAUACCCACUGUAUCCUUUCGACAGCACCAACGAUCCAUGAUGACCAAUGGGUGCAGAUUGAAGUGCUGGUUUUGGGUGACAAACAGAUCAGCCAUUUUGUGAACGGUGUAGAAGUCAUGAGUUACGGUGGCAUAACAACCGGUGGUGGCGUGGUAUCAGGACACCGGGCAGAAAUGAAACCGGAAGGUAAAGUGCUGGAUGCCGGUUACAUUUCGCUGCAAAGCGAAGGGCAUCCUAUUCAGUUUCGCAAUAUCGAGCUGCUCAAUCUGGAAACGCCUGCGGCCCAAUAG